AGUAGUAUACGUAUUUAUUUAAUCCUGUAGUAAGUCUUUAAGUCCUUUCAAUAAUAAAAAUAACACUGUGCGCAUUUCAAAGCUAUGAUUAUAAGGAUAUUUGAUUAAUAAUGUGGUUGCUUUUGUAUGUAAUUUAUGUAACGAAACGCGUUUGACAUUGACAGUUGACAGUUUGGUUAAUUUGUAGUUAUAUGUAGUUGCAUUUAUUUAUUUACUUCUGAAUUCUGAUGCUUCUGAAUUAGUUCUGCAACGAUACAACAUAUAAUAUGUCCGAAAAAGACACUAAAAGUGAAAAUGAUGACUCUAAAAAUACACAGACGGUCGAGAAACCUUUGGACGAAGCGCAAAUCAAAGUUAACAACAUGCUAAAAGAUCGCUUACGGAAGUACAUUAAAAAGUUGGACGACACAAACACUAGCAUCACUAAGGAGGAAAGUAGAAAAAUAGAAAUAGAAACUUUCAAACAGCUAUACAAGCCGAAAAUAGAAGGAGAUGAAGAAUCUUACAAGAAAAUACCUAAGUUUUACUACAAACUCCCUCGUCCUGAUGAGGUGUUGGCUCAAAAGCUAAGAGAGGAGACUCGGGCGCAGUUCCUACAGAAGAAAAGUAAGGAGUUGUUGGACAACAGUGAGCUGAAGCACCUCUGGAGUCUGUUGGAGAAGUCUAAUGGAAGCUACAGCACUUCUAACAAUGACGAGCUGAUGAUAGACUACUUCCAGUUUAAAAAGAUCAGGGAUGAGGCUGGGCCGAAGUACAGGCCAUACUUCACAGCAGAAGUAUUCGGUCGGCUGCAGGCGGCGGAGGGCGGCGCGGGGCGGGUGCGGGGCGUGUCGCUCUUCAACUACGUGAUGCGGCGCGUGUGGCUGCAGCAGACACGUAUUGGUCUCUCGCUCUACGACGUCACCGGCCAGGGCUACCUUACCGAGCAUGAUCUGGAGAGCUACAUUGCCGAGCUAGUGCCGUCCCUGGCAGCACUAGAUGGUCUAGACUCCUCAUUCAGCUCGUUCUACGUGUGCACGGCGGCGCGCAAGUUCCUGUUCUUCCUGGACCCGCUACGUGUCGGCCGCGUGAGGAUACGGGACGUGCUGUCCUGCUCCUUUUUAGAUGAUUUGCUCGAGCUGCGCGAGGAAGACCUGCCGAUGGAGCUGCAAGAGCAGAACUGGUUCAGCGCGGCGUCGGCCCUGCGCGUGUACGGCCAGUACCUCAACCUGGACCGCGACCACAACGGCAUGCUGUCCAUCUCCGAGCUGGCCGGCUACGGCUCCGGCACGCUGACGCGCGCGUUCCUCCAGCGCGUGUUCCAGCAGUGCCUCACGUACGACGGCGAGAUGGACUACAAGACCUACCUCGAGCUAGUGCUGGCCCUGGAGAACAGGAGGCAGCCCGCCGCGCUCGCCUACCUGUUCCGCCUGCUCGACAUCAACUCGCAGGGCUACCUGGACAAGUUCACGCUCAACUACUUCUUCAAGGCCAUCCAGGAGCAGAUGGUGGCGCACGGCGCGGAGCCGGUCAACUUCGAGGACGUGAAGGACGAGAUCUUCGACAUGAUCCGCCCCGAGCACCCCUCGCGCAUCACCCUGCAGGACCUCAUCCGCAGCGGGCACGGGCACACGGCGGUGUCGAUCCUGCUGGAGCUGCACGGGUUCUGGGCCUACGAGAACCGCGAGGCGCUGGCCGCCGCGCCCGAGCCCUCCUGACGGCCCGUCGUCGACGAGAAGAGGUUCUACGUCAUCUAGGGUGGUUCUACACCUCAAAGUCUCGACACUGGCUCUUCUAAAGAAGUUCUACAUAUUUGAGGGAUCUAAAUCAUUUAGAAAGUUUUAUAUCAGAAAGUUUCUACAUCGUCUAAUAAGUUGUAUACAACAUCUAAAGCGUUUCUAUUUUGACAUAGUCAGAAAAGAUUUAUGUGUAAUUUAAGGUACUACGUAAUCCAAACUAUGGAGUUUUAAACCAUGAGCUAGAUGCUAUACAAGUUGAAAAACCCCGAACCCCUAUUCGACAAAAGAGGGUCUAUUUCAUCAUAUCAUACGGCCCGCCUGAUGGUAAGCAGUCACCGUAGCCUAUGGACGCCUGCAAUUCCAGAGGUGUUACAUGCGCGUUGCCGACCCUUUAAAAAUCUGUACACUCCUUUUUUGAAGAACCUCAUACUGUAUCUGUAACCUCAAUCUCAUAUUGGAUCUGUAAACAACAACUGGUUUUAAGACUUUUAAGAAACUUAUUAAAAUAACACCAAAACUCUACUUUAAUAUAAUUUGUUUAUUGACUGUAAACAUAUAACAUUAACAAGACUUGUAUAAAAUUGAAUAACAACAUAGAAAUAAAACUUUAUUCAAACUGAUAACAUGUAAAUAAAAACUUGGAUUACUCCUAAAUAUAUUUUUUAAAUAUUUAUAUUAAAUGCAUAUUUAGAUUAUAUUGUA